AUGCCCGCAGUCAUUCACCCGCCAGUGUCCUCCCCGCACCUGAUCUUGCAGUUUCUCCAGUCAAAUGGUGUCAAGUUCCUUGCUGCAGCAACAAUGGAGCAGCAGCAGCUGCAGCAUCAGCUGCAACAGCCAGUGCAGCAGCCAGUGCAGCUGCCGAUCCUUGAGUCAGCGGUUGCAAUCCAACUGCAUGCAUCGCCUGCACAUGCUUUAAGCCCCACAGAAGCCGUCGCUGCAGCACAAGGCGUGAACGAGCCUCAGGCGCAGCAGGGGCACAGCAGAGACAAACCCAGGAAGCGCCAAAGAGCAGCAGAAGAGACAGGUGCAUAUACACCUCAGAAAACGCAUGCAGCAACUUGCGACGAAGAAGUUGUGGGGGAGAUACAGCUGCAAAAGGAUACCAGUUGCGCGCCUGCAGCAGCAGAAGCAGCAGCAGCAGAAGCAGCAGCAACAGCAGCAACAGCACCAGCAGCAGGAACAACAGCACCAGCAGCUGCAGCAGCACCAUCAGCUGCAAUAACACCAUCCACAGCACCAUCCACAGCAUCAGAAGCAGGGCCUGCAUCAGCGACAGCAGCAACAACAACAACAACAGCAGCAGCAGCAGGUGCAGCAUCUUCAGCAGCAGCAGAAGGGGGUAACGCGCUGCAGCUGGGCCCUGUAAAGGAGGAGGGAGGCACGUCUCUGCAGGCUACAGCCUCAGGCGCUUGCAGCCCCUCGCCAUCAUCCGUAGACUCUAAUGCUUUUCAAUACGGAGAUGUCUCUCCCCCAAGUGCUUCUUCUGUGUGUGAAAUUCUUCAGCUUAAAGGUGUAUCUCUCGCGAGCUUAAGGCGAGCGGUAUUCAACUGUCUCCGAGACCUUCGUUCAGACAAAGAGGAUCUCUCUUUAAAUGCCUCAGGGUCUUCAAGCGCCGGAGAGUCUUCAGGGGGCCCCAGUGGGGCCCCCGUUGCCCCUGGGGCCCCUGGGGCCCCUGGGGGCCCCGGGGCUCCAGGAGCCUCUGGUGGGGCUCAAGGGGCCCCUCGGGCUGCUGGGGCUGGGGCCCCCGGGGCCUCAGGGGCCCCUAAGGCUGGGGGGGCCCCCGGGGGUGGUGGGGGUGUUUUAGGCAGUUAUAGUAUGCACAUUUUGAAUGUGAUGGAGGCGAGCGAGCUGGCGGAUUUGGCGCCGUACGCGGAGAUAUUUUCAGUUUGUCUUUCAUCGGGUCUACCCCCGAGGAGUUUAUCAGGGGAAGUGCGGCAGCUAAUGAAAGAAGGGCUGAAAGCCCUCGAGAAAGCGGGUUAUUGUGUGCAUGCACGACAUGUCUUUGAGGAGUACCGCCGCCUCCUAGCGACUCUCAAACGCAGAGACCUCUUACUCGCUCCCCUGUCCGGCUCACGCUGCAGCAGCAACAGCAGCAGCAGCAGCAGCAGCAACAGCAACAGCAACAGCAAUAGCAACAGCAGCAGAUCCAAUACCAUUACCACCGGAUGUACCGGACACAGCGCCAGCAGCAGCAACAGCAGCACCUGCGCCAGCAGCAGCAGCACCAGCAGCAGGAGCAGCAGCAGCAGCACCAGCAGCAGCAACUUCUCCUUCCCAGAGGCACCUGCAACCGCAGGUGCGGAAGACGCGAGGCUCGCGGAUUUGUGGGCAGCGGCAUAUGCAGAAGACCCGGCGAGAGAGAGGGGCCCCCUAGGAUCACCUCGCAGCAGCAGCAGCAGCAGCAGCAGCAACGCCUCCUGCUGCACAUUCGGCAGGCCCCAAGAGUAUCUGAUGCACUGCAAGGGAGUCAUCCUCACGCAGCUCCGCUCGUUGCGCCGCUUGGCGCCAAUUUGGGCGUCGCGGGACCGUGCGUAUCAGUAUCACCUUGAGACGGUGCUGGGCGCGCAGCACCCUUCGGAGUUGUCUCCUUAUUUGAAUGUGCUGUCUGCCUUAGAGUGGGACCCUGAGGGGAGACACCCUGUCUCAGCAGCGUCUCUCCUUGAAUGUCUCCGCGAGCUGCAUAUUCUGCAGUGUAUGGACAGACGAGAGGCCCAGGGGCCUCUGCCUAUAUCUCAAGGGGAGUUGCUGCAGUGUCUAUCUGCUGCUAGCAGCAGCAGAAGGCUUGCUGAGGGGUCGCUUGGGGGCCCCCUAGGGUUUAGCAGCAGCAGCAGAAAGGCAGCAGCACGGGCUGUCUCCUCAACUCCAACACUGUCUACUAGAGGACAGCAAAAGAAGCGUCUGCUGUCUGCGCAGCUCGCAGCAGAGAUAUCAUUAAACCUUCAGCGGCUGUCGUCUACAUCUCUCUCUUCACUCUUCUCUUCGGGGAGGGGAGGGGGGCCCCGGGGCUUAGGACAAGAUAAAGAUACAAGUGAUGCGUCUCUGCUGUAUGCAGAAGAGCUGCUGCAAGUAGCAGAAGGAGACAGAAACAGUCUCCAAACAGCAGCACAGCAGUUUGCUUUCGUUGAGCUGCAGCGCCUAAUGAAGUACUGGGCUGAGGGGGUUCUCCCGCAAGCCGUUACAGCGGGAGACGAUCCCGAUCCCGAUCCCGAUCCCGAUCCCAUACCGAGGAAGACCCCACACCUCUCCCGUUCACUGUCUCCUCCUCCCCCUUAUUCUUCUUCUGUCUUCUGGGAUUCUCCAGCGAAGCUUGCUGCUCCCUCGCGCUUGCCUCGUACCCGCAGCACUCCUUCUAGUUUUGCUGCUGCUGCUGCUGCUUACAGCAACAGCAACAGCAACACCUGCACAUCUGCUACUCUAUCAGAGAGCAGCAAUGGCCAGCAGCAGCAGGGUCCCCUCAUAGCCUCCACGGGGCUAUUUCCUGCAGGUAGCAGCGCAGCACAGGGCCUCAGGCUCCAAUCACCGAAGCAGCAGCAGCAGCAGCAGCAGCAAGGCGACUAA